GCUUAAAAAUGCCUGCGUUAAUAGUACCUUUACGAAAAAAAAUCAAUGAAGCUCAAACAUUAGACUGUGAAAAGUUAUUUGGAUCGGACAGAUUGCAACAAGUGAAUACUAAAACUUCUACGAAAAAAAUAAUAUUGGUUUCAGUAAUCGCAAUAUUAUACAUAUUGUAUUAUUUCACAAUUUUCAUUGAAUUAUUGAGGGUAUUCGCAAGUGGAAAUCAACAGAUGGAAGAAAGUCCGGGUUCAAUCGACGAAAACGAUAUAUUCACAUCAUGGUCCACUUCAGAUUUCAUUAAAGCUUUUAUCUGGUCUAAUCUAGAGAUCUUAUUUUCAAUUGGAAUCAUUAUUGGAAUUGCAAUGAACGUGCUGUGGUUAUUAUGGCCGUGGUUAUGUUUAAAUAUCUUUUCUGUGAUAUUGCUUGUGGUUGUUAUUUCCCUAGAUACAACUGGAAAUCAUGAAUAUUUGGUUUACAAUUUGCUACAUGGAUGUGCCCAGGCAGUAUCUUUGUGGAUCGUUUAUAAGCAAUUUAAUUAAGGUUAAGGAGAAUAAAAAAAGGUCAUAAAAUAUUGUAUAUAUAUUUAUAUAAUGUACGUAAAAAUAAAAGUUAUUAAAUUAUA